AACAAAGACCCGUCCACAUCCAAUUUUGCCUCUCUACAAAAAUGCAUUCCCAUGAAACAUCAACCAAAGCGCGAGAUCAUUCCAUGGGCUACAAGCCAGCAUACUCUGGGCUCACAACAUCCGAAUCAAGCUCAGCAUUAACGCCCCCCUCGGCCACCUCCAAUCCUUACUCAACCAAGUCCUUGGCUAGGUCAAGGUCAUCAAGAGACACCUCCAGGGCAGCCAUAUGCCCAUGCAGAAGCUCAAUUGACGAUGAUGGUGGUUUGUGCUACCCACUUUGGAUGCUGGACAGAUAUCUCAACGAGAAGACAAGCCUAGAGGGUCUGUUCACCACCCUCACCCUCGACCAACCGCCGUGGCGUAAUUCAGAAAGUCAAGGCACUCUUCAGCAAACGACGCUCGUGGAAGGUCACGAUGUCACGGACGACGGUGGGGUCUCAUGCCAGCUGGAACUCGAGCUCGAUGAAUUUUUCGAGAAAUGCGGUGGAAGCCUGGUCGACAACAAAGGUCAUCCAAUACCUUCGGACUAUGAGUGUAUUCUGUCGAGCUUCAGAGAGGGGAUGACUUCCAGAUGAGUUGAAUGUGCAAAGAAAUCCCUACGGUUAGCCGUUACAAAGUUUCCCCCGUCCUGUAGCAGCCUAUCCGGCAGGGAAUUGAACGGUUGAGAGACAUUUAGGGUUCCAGGCGUUGAACUUUUUUGAUACCAGUUGAUAGAACUCUCUCUGUGGACGUUGCUAGAAUCAUAUUGGAUGUCUUUUGUGUCG